CUACAGUGCAAAAUGGCGGCGAGCACAAGCACAGAUAUAGCAGGUUUUGACUGUCCGUCAUGGGCAGGGAAGCCUCCACCCGGACUCCAUCUGGAUGUGGUUAAAGGAGAUAAAUUAAUAGAGAAGCUGAUCAUCGAUGAAAAGAAGUUCUAUCUGUUUGGGAGGAACCCUGAUCACUGUGACUUCACAAUAGACCAUCAGUCCUGCUCGCGUGUUCAUGCGGCGCUGGUUUACCACAGACACCUCAAGAGAGUCUUUCUCAUAGACCUGAACAGCACCCAUGGCACAUUUCUGGGCAGAAUUCGCCUCGAGCCUCACAAACCUCAGCAGGUGCCGAUCGACUCGACUAUGUCGUUUGGAGCGUCGACGCGAGUGUACACGCUGAGAGAGAAACCACAGACACAGAGCAGCUCUGCUACAGGAGACAGUAAAGGAGUGGAGGAUGAGGAGCUCAAGGGAUUACUGGGACUGCCAGAGGAAGAAACCGAGCUUGAGAACCUGACAGAGUUCAACACUGCUCACAACAAGCGCAUCUCCACGCUGACCAUCGAGGAGGGAAACCUGGAGAUCCAGAGACCCAAGAGGAAGAGGAGGAGCUCACGUGUAUCCUUCAGUGAAGAAGAGGAAAUCAUCAACCCUGAGGACGUCGACCCCUCUGUAGGCCGCUUCAGAAACAUGGUGCAGACAGCUGUGGUCCCCAUUAAGAAGAAGAAACUGGAGGCCCACGGUACAAUGGGACUGGACGACAGCAUAGCACGCCGGUUACAGAACUUCCCUCUCAGCGCUGGGCUCUAUGGCGACCUGCCGCCCACCAGUCAUGAGGCAGGUGGACAAGGGGGUGGAGCUCAGGGGGGCGGGUCAUCUGCAAUGCUGGCCGGGAUGCCACACCCUUUCCCCAACCCCGCCCCAGAGGUCAAUCUCUCGCCCACCACAGUGCAGCCCCCUGUCAUGCUCAACCCCACCCCUGCUCCUGGACCCUACUCGGCUGAACCCGUCAACGAGCCACGCAAGAAAAAAUAUGCCAAGGAGGCGUGGCCUGGCAAGAAGCCCACCCCCUCCCUGCUGAUCUAACAUGUUUUACUAUAAAACAGGAUAGCCAGAUCCUGCAGACAUCAGAUUUAAAGAUGACCAUUACGGAUAUCUGCCUUGGAGUUUGGAGUACUUUUAUUUGAGGAAUUGUUUCCAUGCGAUAUUUUGGACAAAUUAGAUACUUCAGCGUUACCUGAUACAGGUUGAGGCAUUACUGUAGGGAUUAUUGGUUUGGAAAAUGUGAGGCAUCUACAGAAACUGUUGGUGUUUCAGGAAGUUGGUGAAUUUCACAAAGAAAUGUCUAGGUCAUAUUUAACCCCAAAUCAGAAGAAAGUAUAUUUUGCAUAAAGAAAAUAAAGCUUAUUUUUAGGACCAUUAUUUUUACGUUUGUAACAUUUAAGCACAUAUACCUCUCAAUUGAUUUUAUCAGCAUAAAUUAACAUUUGAAAACACAUUAAUUUCACCUCAUCCACAUAAAUUUGAGUGUUUUGACACCGCUCCCAUUUUUCCAGAAUUUGGAGUUUUCAAAUGAAAAUGGAUUUGUUGAUUUAGCCUAAAGGAUAUCAAUAAUUUACAAAGAAAAUAUAAAAAAAUGUCCACAUUACGGCAAUAAGAAAGGGAUUGUUUUUUAACUUAAAGGCAGUACAAAAUAUUACCUUGAUAUAUAAAUGACUUACAAUUUAAAUAAUUGAUAAAUCAUUUUAAUUCAAAUUUGUGAGGACAUGUGCUUAAUUGUCACAAUGCAAAACUCUAAAUGGUCCUAAAAAUAGGCUUCAUUUUCUUUAUGCAACAUCUGUAACAUUACAUCACUAAGGUUCAGCUUAUUACGUUUGCAUUUGUUAGCAUCAUUAGUUAAUGCACUAUGAACUAACAUGUACUGACAAUGAACUAUUGUGUUUUUAUCAAUUAACAUUAAGAAAGAUUAAUAAAUGCUGUUUAAAAAUAGUUUAUUGCUAAAUAAUGAUACCAUCAUUCAAAUCAGACAUAUCUCCAUUCUUUUGAUUUUGGGCUGAAAUAUAACGUGCACAUGUUGAUCUUCCAUGCCUGAUCGUGACAGGUUUCGUUAUGUCAUGUUGUUAGUGAUGUUUAAAUGAGUAGCACCUCAUCGUAGUUUGUUGUUUCAGGCUUUCUUGACAGGAACAAUCUUCAGAAAGCUCGCACCACAUGCAGUAGAUAUCAGUAGGUGAUUGAGUAAAUGUCUUCUCCCUCACGGUAAGAUACAAGCUGUUGUUGUUGUCAGCCACACUAAUGGGAACCAGCAGCCGUUGCAUUCUAACAAUAACACGUAUUUAAUACUUUUUAUGUUUUCAAAAACCAAGAACUUAUUCCUCUGGCAAAAUUGUCACUGUACAUUUAAGAUGUUUUUGUAUGACAUAUUUGAAGUACAAACCAAACCAUUGAACUCAACCAAAUGUUACAUUACUUAACCGUAAUGCUGUAGGUUCAAAUGGUUUAUCAUGAGACUGUUUGUAUUACACAUAGGACAUUUUUAAUGACAUUUUUCAAAACACUGUGGUUGUAUAUUGGUUUAUAGAGAGAAAUUGAAACACCUGAUUGUUCAAAGACAAAAAUGAGAACGGAGUGAUUUAUGUCAUCUGAAAGCAGGGAAUUGCCUUGUAAUGUGAACCGUUUUAUUAGCGUUUUUAUAUAUAUAUUUUAUAUCUGAAUGGAUCUUGCUACCCAUUGUUGUGAGUGAAAGCACACAUGAAAAGACUUGACGUGGAAAGAUGAAAGGAAUUCUUGUCAUUGUUGGAUUAUUUGUCUAAUAAACAGUAUUCCUUACCCGAAACUGAAUAUGGAUGUCAAUGGUGAAGUGCGGUGAUAACCAGAUCUGUCAUUUUCUGAAGGUAUGAGUGGUGUUUGAAUGUGGAAAACACACUACCAAGAUGCUGGGUGGUUGCUAGCACUGUCAGAAAUUAACUUUGCUAUUAGGAGGCCAUAUUUGUCCCCUUGAUUUGGUAUAGUAAUGUGGCAAAAUUUGGCCACAUCCACACUUUAUUUUUUAAAUGCUUCGAUUUUGCCAAGUUUCAUUCAAACAGAGACUCACUCUCUGGAAAGCGAUGACGGUAGAACACUGAAAACAGAUUUCAAACUGAUAAGUGUAGGUGGGAUCUGAUCUCCAUAUAUACAAAUACUUUUGAUAAUUGCACCAUAUAUACCAUACUAUCAAGAUUUUUUGUGUACCAUUUAUGGAAAAUAACCAUGUGAGCAUGCUGUACCAAGUUUGUUUAUGUAAUCACUUUUGCCAUUUCAUUACCUCUUAAAUAUUACA